AUGGCCAAGGGCAACGACGCCGACCUAACGAUCGAGGAGCGGUUGGCGCUCAAGAAGAGCGGCUUCGCCAACGCGCCCAAGGCCGCGUCCUCGGACGAAGGCAGUGGCGACGAGGAUGACGAUGCGCCCACGACGAAGCGCGCCAACAAGAACUGCCCGCGCGAGAUGACGUCCAAGCGACCGGUCGCGCGCUUCCGCGAGGUGCUCCAGAUCCGAAAGAAGGCGUCGCGCGACCCGCGCUUUGACGCUGCGAGCGGCAAGCUCAACGAAGACCUCUUCAAGAAGGCGUACACGUUUCUCGAAGACUACAAGGAAGCCGAGCUCGACGACGUCAAGAAGCAGCUCAAGAAGGCCAAGAGUGCGACGCGCAAGGCCGAGCUCAAGGAAGAGCUCGCGGCGCGCAAGCAGGAGCGCGCCGAGACGCACCGCGCCAACAAGAUCCGCGAGGCGACGCAGAAGCGCAAGCGCGAAGAGCGCGAAGCCGUCGCGAGCGGCAAAAGCGCGUUCUACCUCAAGCGCAAGGACAAGAAACAGGUCGAGCUCAAGGCCAAGUACGACGAGCUCCAAGAGUCCGCGCCGCAAGAAAACGCCAACAAGGAUCAUCGGUGGCUUCCGACGCAGCGCAAAGAGACGGCGUAA